CUUCUUUCCUUUUCUUUCGUAUAUGAAUUUUUUUCGUUUUAUAAUUUAUUUAUAUUCAUUUAGUUCGCCUUAUACCUUGUUGAAAUGUUCCGUGCAAUCCUUCCUCGCUCCGCCAACAACGCCAAGUCUCUGCUGGCGACCAAACUGCAGACGCGCAGCCUGAAUGCGUACCUUAACAAGGUCAUUCUCAUGGGCAACGUGGGUGCUGAUCCACAAGAAAUAACAUUCAGCAACGGCAAGAAAAUGGCGACGUUUUCGCUGGCCACCUCGCGCAGGUAUAAGGAUGCCGAAGGCAACACGCUGGAGCACACCUCGUGGCACCGCAUCAAGGUGUCGGGAGACAAUGCCGAGCGCGUUAUGAACUACGUUAAGAAGAGCGCCCUGGUGCAGGUUGAGGGAUCAAUCCGCUACGACACGUAUACGAACAAGGAUGGCGCCGAAGUGCAUGUUACGAAUAUUAAUGCCGAUAGCUUCAACAUUGUCAUGUUCCCUAAGCGCGAAGAGGCUGCUGCAAGCAGGGACGAAGCAGAGUAAAAAACAUUGCUUUUCACCGUAU